AUGCAGAUUUUGUAUCAGUCAGUUGUGACGGAAUUUCUUUUACCUGGCUUGUUGAAACCGAUUGAUCAGGCUUUCCCUCAUCUCAGGGAGCAACACUGCUGCACUUACAAGGAAUCCCGAAGAAUGGAAUCAGAGAUGACCAACAUUCUGAGUUACAUCCAUCCUUGCUAUGUAUUAGAUAAUACAUCUUACACAUUUACAAGUAAUCCUUCGAAGAUAUGUGUUGCACUUUAUGUUUUUCUUGGCUUAUUAUCUAUUUGUACAAUAUGCGGAAACCUCCUUGUAGUCAUCACUAUUAUUUACUUCAAACAGCUCCACACGCCAACAAACUAUCUCAUUCUGUCUUUAGCUGUGGCCGAUUUGUUUGUCGGAAUUUUGGUGUUUCCUUUCAGUAUGGCCUUCACCGUCUUCUCCUGUUGGCAUCAUGACGGGCUGUUUUGUAAAAUACGAGGUUGUUUUGAUGUCAUACUAAGCACAGCUUCAAUUUUAAACCUCUGUUGUAUUUCCAUUGACAGAUAUUACGCCGUGUGCAAGCCUCUGACCUACAAAAGUAAAAUAAAUUAUCAUGUUAUCGGCAUCAUGAUAUUGGUAAACUGGGGUGUUUCUGCACUAAUAGGAAUUGGAAUAACAGUAGCAGGAUUUAAUCAAGGGAAAUGUGAAGAGAGAUGUUUAAUUGAUGCAUUAAUUUCGACCACUUUGGGAUGUAUAUUUUCCUUUUAUAUCCCAGUUAUCAUUAUGCUUAGUAUCUACUUGAGGAUUUUCCUUGUUGCACAGAGACAAGUACGCAGCAUCCAGAGUACAUGUCAGAGUACAAUGUCACGAGCAACUGUCAGUAAGAUGGAGACAAAAGCUACCAAAACUCUAGCAAUUGUUAUGGGAAUUUUUAUUUUAUGUUGGACACCAUACUUCAUUUUUUUGAUCUUUCAGCCUUUAACAUUUGAUGUUACUCCAGUCGCCGUGAUUGAAACACUAAAUUGGCUUACACUUUCUAAUUCAAUGCUGAAUCCUUUGAUUUAUGCUUUCUUUUAUAGCUGGUUCAGGGCGGCUUUUAGAUUGAUCAUUACUGGAAAAAUAUUUCAAGGCAAUUUUACGAAGACAAAACUCUUUUGAUUUUUUUCAUAGUUAUUUGGAUGUUUUUGUAAUUCUCAAUGAAUGUUUAAAUGUGAAGAAAGAGGCUUAAUGGAUGCACUAAUUCUCCAUUUUCAUUUUAUAUCCCAGUUAACAUGCUUAGUAUUUACACAGAGAGAUGUACACUGCAUACAGAGAACACCAUGUAAGGGUACAACAUCAGGAUCAACUGUCAAUAAGAUGGAGACAAAAGUCACCAAAACUUGCUAUUGUUUUGGGAGUUUUUAUUUUAUGUUGGACAUCAUACUUCAUUUGUAUCAGCUUCCAGCUGCCCUCUGAUGAAGAAACCAUCUGCCUCGACCAGUUGAGUUGAUGUCGAGUGAUAAGAGAGCGGGGACAGAGGGCAGAGGGAGAGACAGAAAAGAUGGAUGGAUCGCAGCAGGAGUAAGGAAGAAUGUGUACUGGCUGAUGGGAAAGGUUUGUGUAUGGCGGCUGCAUGUCUGUAAAUGUCAUUUGUUUUUUUAAUGGGGAGUCUGUUUUUCAACAGUUCAUUGGAAUGUCUAUUUUUACUCAAAUGUACUGGAGAGCUGAAAUCUUACAGUUUUCUUUUCAUGUCGUAACCUCUUUUUGUUGUUGUUAUUGUUUGUGUAAUGCAGUUGCUGAAUAUUUAAAUUAUUAUUCAUUAUACUUAUAAUGUGUCAAGAGAAGAUCCAAUGUACACUCUGCUGUGUAUUUUGUGUUGGUUGGUGUUAUGUUUUGUGUCUUACAUUUGUAAAGCACCCUCUAACCACACCUACCACAAUCACAUCCAGCCUACUACAUGUCUACUGUACAUACAGUAUGCACCAUACUUUUUUUACCAACAUUUAUUUAUUUAUUAAUAUGCCUGUUCUGACUCCAAUCAUAGUAAAAAUGCACCUUGACAAUUUUAGCACUUUUGAGUAAAAGGCGUGUUUCUCCAAAAUAACACCCUCUUUAAUCACUUUUAUAAAAGAUAACUGAUGGGGAUAGUAAAUGGAAUGUCCCACACAACUCACACAUCAUUUUUUUAACAUCACACAAGCAUAAUAUGAUAUCGAUGGCUAAUGUAAUGUAAAAUGUUAAAACCAGUUGGCAGUAUCAAAUAUUUGAGGAAAGUGGAGAGAAAUCCACCAAAAGUCUUCUUUUCUUAUAUGAUGGUUCCUAUUGUACCUGACUCCUUGCCUUUUUUUUUUUUUUUUUUUUUUUUUUUUCUCAACCAUUGUUCCACUACCCUUCGUUAGUUACUGUUAUUAAAGCAUUAUUUCUAGUGUGCGUUGAAAAUGAUGACUGGAAAAAUAUUCAGAUAUACUGUAUAUAUUGAUAUAUGUAUGAUAUGAUACAUAUUGCGUUAGAUUAAUGCAUACUGUUUAUGUUGCUUUCCCUGUAGAAUAAACAAUAAUAAAUUCUUAAAGGGACAG